UAUUUCUAAUUCCUUCUUCUUCAUCACUUCCCGUUUCUUCUCUCAAAUUGAUCCCUCUCUCAUGGCCGCAACCACCACCACCACCGCCGCAGCUCCGGCCACCGAUAAUUCAUAAACCCCAAAUGGGCAAAGCCUUGAAAUGGUUUCGCGGCCUUCUCGGUCUUAAAAAAUCCGAUCCCUUUAUCACACCUUCUCCUAAUUCUAAGCUCAACCCCAAAUGGCACUUCGCUAAGUCCUUCAAAGACAACGACAAACCUCACCACCAUGACGCCGCCGCCGUCUCUGCCGUUGUCAAGCACACCGCCACUCGACGGACCCUACCCACCACGGACCUCGACUCUGCCGCCACCAAAAUCCAGGCUGCAUUUCGUGGAUUUCUGGCAAGGAAGGCUUUGAGGGCACUAAGAGGGUUGGUGAGACUACAGGCAUUGGUUCGAGGUCAUAUCGAGAGAAAGCGGACAGCCGAAUGGAUACAGAGGAUGCAGGCGUUACUAAGGGCACAAGCACGGGCACGAGCAGUGCGGAGUCGAUCUUCUUCCGAGCUCUUGCAUUCAGAUAUCAAAUUUUCCAGCUUCUCUCCUAUGGAUCCUGUUACCCCAGAAAAAUUUGAACACAGCCCACAUACUAAGAGCACUAGGUUUAAACAGAUGCAGAGGAGUGGCUCAAGAUUUACAACUGUUGAUGCUGAGAAGAUCAAUAAGAUCCUUGAAAUUGAGAAUGAAAAAACUCACUUCAAGUUGAAACCCAAGAGUCUCUUUAGUUCCAUCAAGCUUGCUUUAUCUUCUGAUGUGCCUUCAAAAGAGCCUGCAACUGCAACUUAUCAUCAUGGUUUUCCCAGUUCAUUUUCCAGUGAAACCCAAUGCUUUAGUCCAUUUAAAUUCUCUCAUGAAGUUGAGGAGAGCUCUUUCUUUUCUGUCUCAUCAAGGGGUGCUACUACAAAGAAAAGCCCAUUCACCCCGGCCAAGAGUGACAGUACGAGGAGCUACUUCAGUGGUGACUCGGAAUAUCCAAAUUACAUGGCCUGCACUGAAUCUUCAAGAGCCAAAAUGAGAUCUCAUAGUGCUCCGAGACAGCGUCCUCAGUACGAGAGAUCGGGUUCUGCUAAGCGAGGUUCUGUAUACCUCGGGGAAUCGAGAUUAACUGCACAGCAGGUAUCAACAUUGCAGUCCAAUUUUGUUGGGAAAGCCUACCCCGGUUCUGGUCGACUCGACAAACUCGGGAUGCCUGUGGGUUACAGAUACUGAUGCCUCUAAUAACUCUCUCCUCUUCACUCCCUUCUACUUCACAAGAGUAGUAGCCUUAUCUUGCUAACUUAUAUUAGUAGUCAGUCCUAAUAAUGAAAAUGUGAAGAUCAGAUUGAACUUUGAGACCUGGAACCGAACAAGUUUAUAAUUCUAGAACUGGAAAGACAUCACUGUUUCUAAAUUUUUCAUGUUAGUAGUUUCAAUUUACAUGGUAAUGUAUGUUUUGCUGUUCUCA